CUUUUUAUCUGUUUAUUGGCGUCUGCAAUUCAGACAAAAGUGUGUGUGUGUGCGUGUGCAUGUACCGUUGUGCAGUCUAUCACGAGCAUCACGCAUGUCUUGCAAUAACGUCUCUAAUCUCAGGUUAAAAAUAACCUCUGUCAUUAAGCUUUGACCUUUGGGUCAAGGGCAAAAGAACGUGGCACAAGUAGAUGUAAAGCCCCAGACGUGAAGAUGACCUGUAAAGCUGCGAUCCUGGUCCUGUUGGCCUGUGCUGGUUUCUUGUUGAACGGGGUCUCAGGGGACUGCAAGAGUGAGGCCGAUCAAUAUGGUCCUUGCUACGAAUGUCAUGACUUUCACGGUAGAGCCAUGUGGAUUGCGUCAAUGUGCGCCCCGGCUCCCUGCACUGACUCCAUCACGGAGCCAGACAAAUGCUGCCCUGUGUGCCCCAAUGGGCUUAGCUGUUGGUCGCCUGACGGGGAACAAAUCAAAUUUGGGCAGACGGUCAUGAUGAAAGAUGGUGAAGGGGAUUGCGUGUGUGUGUGGACAGCCCACGGUUUGGAGACUGCCUGUAGAUGGUACUGGAUGAUCCCAAAACCCCUCGAUGCACUCCGACCACUCGCCGGUGCAAAGGACAAUUCUGGUAAAAAUUGAGGAUUUCAACAAGAAGAAAUAAACGAGUAA